ACCGCGACGGAGCGGCGCGCGCUGGGCGGGGGAGGCGUGGCCGGAGCCAGGGUGCCGGUGAGCCAGGACUGCUCGGUCGCCUCUUGCCCGGCGGGCGGCGCGGAGCCGGGCCCAGGAGGAAGGUUCUGGAGGUCCGGAUUCCCCUCUUCGCAGAGAGGAGCUGAGGACCAUGUCGCCCGAAGAGUGGACUUAUCUAGUGGUUCUUCUUAUCUCCAUCCCCAUCGGCUUCCUCUUUAAGAAAGCUGGACCCGGGCUGAAGAGAUGGGGGGCAGCAGCUGUAGGCCUGGGGCUCACCUUGUUCACCUGUGGCCCCCACACUUUGCAUUCUCUGGUCACCAUCCUUGGAACCUGGGCCCUCAUCCAGGCCCAGCCCUGCUCCUGCCACGCCCUCGCCCUCGCCUGGACCUUCUCCUACCUCCUGUUCUUCCGUGCGCUCAGCCUGCUAGGCCUGCCCACUCCCACGCCCUUCACCAAUGCUGUCCAGCUGCUGCUCACCCUGAAGCUGGUGAGUCUGGCCAGUGAAGUUCAGGACCUGCACUUGGCCCAGAGGAAGGAAAUGGCCUCUGGCUUUAGCAAGGGGCCCAGCCUGGGGCUCCUGCCCGACGUUCCCUCUCUGAUGGAGACGCUCAGUUACAGCUACUGCUACGUGGGAAUAAUGACAGGCCCGUUCUUCCGCUACCGCACGUACCUGGACUGGCUGGAGCAGCCUUUCCCGGGGGCCGUGCCCAGCCUGCGGCCCCUCCUGCGCCGCGCCUGGCCGGCCCCGCUCUUCGGGCUGCUCUUCCUGCUGUCCUCACACCUCUUCCCGCUGGAGGCCGUGCGCGAGGACGCCUUCUACGCCCGCCCGCUGCCCGCCCGCCUCUUCUACAUGGUCCCCGUCUUCUUCGCCUUCCGCAUGCGCUUCUACGUGGCCUGGAUUGCCGCCGAGUGCGGCUGCAUUGCCGCCGGCUUCGGGGCCUACCCCGUGGCCGCCAAAGCCCGGGCCGGGGGCGGCCCCACCCUCCAAUGCCCACCCCCCAGCAGUCCGGAGAAGGCGGCUUCGCUGGAGUACGACUAUGAGACCAUCCGCAACAUCGACUGCUACGGCACGGACUUCUGCGUGCGGGUGCGGGAUGGCAUGCGGUACUGGAACAUGACGGUGCAGUGGUGGCUGGCGCAGUAUAUCUACAAGAGCGCGCCCGCCCGCUCCUAUGUCCUCAGGAGCGCCUGGACCAUGCUGCUGAGCGCCUACUGGCAUGGCCUCCACCCUGGCUACUACCUAAGCUUCCUGACCAUCCCGCUGUGCCUGGCUGCCGAGGGCAGGCUGGAGUCAGCCCUGCGGGGGCGGCUGAGCCCCGGGGGCCAGAAGGCCUGGGACUGGGUGCACUGGUUCCUGAAGAUGCGUGCCUACGACUACAUGUGCAUGGGCUUUGUACUGCUGUCCUUGGGAGACACCCUCCGGUACUGGGCCUCCGUCUACUUCUGCGUGCACGUCCUGGCCGCGGUCGCGCUGGGACUGGGGCUGGCUCUGGGCGGGGGCGGCCCCAGCCGGAGGAAGACCGCGCCCCCGGCCGCCAGCCUUGCCCCGGAAAAGCUCCGGGAGGAGUAGGCAGGAGUCAGCCGCCACCGCACUCCCUUUGCGCGUCAGUCUGGCCACCAAGCUUUUGGCUGGGAAUUCCGUGAACCAGGCUGCUGUCUCCUUUCCCAGAAAGCGCUAAAUUUGGCUGGGGGCCUGGAGAGGAUUCCCGUUCCUCAGCUCGCCCCCACCCCCACCCCCGCCUCCGAUGCAGCAGGGCGGGGGGGCUCCCCCUGCUCCCCUGCUGUCUGCCCUGAGGGCUCAGUAAGCUGUCAUCCCUCCUGGAAAGUCAAGGUGUUGUCCAGAGGAGAAUCUCCCCUUGUCCCCACCGCGGCGUCCAGAGCACGCUGCCCUCCCUGCAGCGCCCCCAGCAGGGACCCCCGGGGCCACGGGGUUUCCCAGACGGAUUCCCCUUUCUGGGGCGCCGGCUGCAGGGCAGCUUCUGGGAAAGCCACCCUCUCUCCCCAGGCUUUUGCCCCACAUUCACGGAACAGUGUUUCAGGCCCGGAAGGGAACAUUACCCUCCCAUUUCAUAACGGGGAAACUGAGGCACCGAGGAGCCGGCCUUUGGACAUGGUUCUUGCAGCUUCCAUCUGAGCCACCUCAGGGUCACAGCGCUUCUGUCACCCUCUUGUCAUUCUCUGGCCUAGAAUAAGGUCGGAAUGUGUGAAUCUACCCCCCCCCCCAAUAAAAUGUCUCACAAAGACCGUA